UGCCAAACCUUCGUUAUUUCCUCACCACCUUCUUCCCCCCUCUGCGCCCCCAACUUCCGAAGCCCAAAGCGUUAGCACAGGGAGAAAAUUCCAUCAAAUUAACUAUAGCUAAGGUUAAUUUUAAGCAUAAAUUGGAGUAGAAAUAUAGUCACAUGACUGCGAUGGAUCCUCCUGCCCCCAAUGAGCAAGAGGAUGAGGACAUGUUGGUUCCACGAUCGGAUUUGGUGGAAGGUCCUCAGCCAAUGGAAGCACCAGAGGCAACAGGUAAUACUGCAGGAAGUCAACCAGAGGAGGAUCCUCAAACUGCAAAGUUUACUUGGAGAGUUGAAAACUUUUCUAGGUUGAAUGUGAAGAAGCUCUACUCUGGAAUAUAUGAACUCGGUGAUUAUAAAUGGCGGAUUCUUAUUUUUCCAAAAGGAAACAAUGCUGAUUAUUUAUCCAUGUAUCUGGAUGUUGGUGAUUCUACUACUUUACCUUAUGGAUGGACUAGAUAUGCUCACUUCAGUUUGGCUGUUGUUAAUCAAGUCCAUAGCAAGUAUUCAGUCAGGAAAGAAACACAACACCAAUUCAAUGCCCGAGAAAAUGAUUGGGGUUUUACAUCCUUUAUGCCACUUAGUGAACUUUAUGAUCCAAGCAGGGGUUAUCUUGUUAAUGAUACCUGUGUAGUUGAAGCUGAGGUUGCAGUUUACAAAGCCAUGGAUCCCUGGUUGUAUGAUUCAAAGAAAGAAACUGGUUUUGUGGGGUUAAAAAACCAGGGGGCUACCUGUUAUAUGAACUCUCUCCUCCAAACACUAUACCAUAUUCCUUAUUUCAGGAAGGUUGUAUACCACAUGCCUACUAAUGUCAAUGAUAUGCCAUCUGCAAGUAUCCCUCUGGCUCUGCAGAGUUUAUUCUACAAGCUUCAAUAUAGCGACAACAGUGUUGCCACAAAGGAGUUGACAAAAUCUUUUGGAUGGGAUACAUAUGAUGCUUUCUUGCAACAUGAUGUACAAGAACUCAAUCGAGUUCUAUGUGAAAAGCUUGAAGAAAAGAUGAAGAGAACUGUUGUGGAAGGCGCUAUACAGCAGUUAUUUGAAGGGCAUCAUAUAAACUACAUUGACUGCAUCAAUGUGGACUACAAAUCUAGUAGAAAGGAGUCAUUCUAUGAUCUUCAGCUUGAUGUCAAGGGCUGUCGUGAUGUCUAUGCUUCUUUUGAUAAGUAUGUUGAGGUUGAACAUCUAGAUGGCGAUAACAAAUAUCAUGCUGAACAGUAUGGUUUACAGGAUGCUAAGAAAGGGGUCUUGUUUGUUGACUUCCCCCCAGUUCUUCAGCUUCACUUAAAGCGGUUUGAAUAUGACUUCGUACGUGACAUUAUGGUAAAGAUAAAUGAUCGCUAUGAGUUCCCGCUUCAGCUUGAUCUGGAUAGAGAUAAUGGCAAAUACUUGUCACCUGAGGCUGAUAGAAGAGUGCGCAACCUUUAUACGCUUCACAGUGUCUUGGUCCACAGUGGUGGUGUGCAUGGUGGACAUUACUAUGCCUUUAUAAGGCCCACCCUUUCCAGCCAGUGGUAUAAAUUUGAUGAUGAACGAGUGACAAAAGAAGACAUGAAUAAGGCUUUGGAGGAGCUGUAUGGUGGUGAAGAAGAACACUUGAUGCAGACCAACCCUGGAAUCAAUAAUACUCCCUUCAGGUUUACAAAGCACUCAAAUGCGUAUAUGCUGGUGUAUAUACGUGAAAGCGACAAGCAUAAAAUAAUGUGUAAUGUCGAUGAGAAGGAUAUUGCUGAGCAUCUGAGGGAGAGGUUGAAGAGAGAACAAGAAGAAAAAGAGCAAAAGAAGAAAGAAAAAGCUGAAGCACAUCUGUACACAGUCGUCAAAGUCGCAUGUGAUGAAGAUUUUGCUUGGCAGAUUGGAAGGGAUGUAUUUUUUGAUUUAGUGGAUCAUGACAAAGUUAGGAGUUUUCGCGUUCAGAAGCUAAUGCCAUUUAACAAUUUUAAGGAAGAGGUUGCAAAAGAAUUUGGUGUACCAGUCCAGUUCCAGCGCUUUUGGCUGUGGGCGAAGCGCCAAAACCACACAUACCGUCCUAACCGUCCGUUGACACACCUUGAGGAAUCACAAACAGUUGGAUAUUUGAGGGAUUUAUCUAAUAAGGUUCAGAAUGCAGAGCUGAGGUUGUUCUUAGAAUUAGAGCUUGGACUGGAUCUGCGUCCUAUUCCUCUCCCUGUUAGGACAACAGAUGAUAUUUUGUUAUUCUUCAAGCUUUAUGAUCCAGAAAAGGAAGAACUUAGAUAUGCUGGACGACUUUUUGUGAACGGCACUGGAAAGCCAGCAGAUAUCUUGACUAAACUAAAUGAGAUGGCAGGAUAUGCUUCUGAUGAAGAAAUUGAACUUUACGAGGAAAUAAAGUUUGAGCCGACUGUGAUGUGUGAACACAUUGACAAGAGAUCUACCUUUAGAUCUAGCCAGCUUGAGGAUGGCGACAUAGUUUGCUUUCAGAAGUCAGUCCAAGGUAGCAAGCGACGUCGCUGUCCAGAUGUUCCAUCAUUCUUUGAGUACCGGCAUAAUCUCCAAGUUAUUCAUUUUCGGUCCCUAGAAAAGCCUAAGGAGGAUGAAUUUUGCUUACAACUGUCGAAGCUUGAUACAUAUGAUGAAGUUGUUGGAAGGGUAGCUCACCAACUUGGAGUAGAUGAUCCUUCUAAAAUUAGGCUUACAUCACACAACUCAUACUCUCAGCAACCAAAACCUAAUCCUAUAAAGUAUCGAGGGGUAGAUAAUUUGUUUGACAUGUUGCUGCAUUACAAUCAGACUUCUGAUAUAUUGUACUAUGAAAUCUUGGAUAUGCCUCUGCCGGAAUUGCAAGGUUUAAGAACACUAAAAGUAGCUUUCCGUCAUGCCACAAACAAUGAAAUGGAGAUUUAUAAUAUUAGACUGCCGAAAGAAAGCACCGUAGCGGAUGUUCUUAGUGAUCUCAGGAUGAAGGCCGAGCUAUCUCAUCCAAAUGUAGAACUUAGAUUGCUGGAGGUAUUCACCCACAGGAUCUACAAGAUAUUUCCAUCCAGUGAAAAUAUAGAGAGCAUAAAUGACAAUUACUGGACUUUACGGGCAGAAGAGAUACCCGAGGAAGAAAAAAAUCUUGGUCCACAUGAUUUCUUGAUUCAUGUAUAUCACUUCAUGAAUGAGGAAAAUCAAAACCAGAUGAAAAUUCAAAACUUUGGAGAACCAUUUUUAAUGGUCAUUCGUGAGGAUGAGAUUUUAGCUCAUGUGAAGAUCCGUGUACAGAAGAAGUUGCAUGUUCCAGAUGAAGAGUUCUCUAAGUGGAAAUUUGCUUUUGUUGCACAAGGUCGAGCUGAUUACCUUCAGGAUUCAGACAUUCUGUUCAGUCAUUUCCAGAGCCUACAGAGAAGUGGCAUUUAUGUUGCUUGGGAGCAGUAUCUUGGAUUAGAGCACUCAGAUAACUCCCCGAAAAGGUCUAUUGGAGCAAAUCAGUAUCGUCCGUCGCAUGAGAAAGCUGUGAAGAUAUACAAUUGAGAGGGUACCGGCAACAGCAAUUCUUGCAUGGUUGAUUGUUGACAGUCAUCAGCAGGUAGCAUUCUCUCUCCGCACACAAGUUGGGAGAACACCUCAUGGCCAUGGGUGCAAGUCAGAAUUCAAUUAUACAUCUAUAGGAAUAUUAGUUCCGGUGAGCUCUGCUUGUCUGAUGUACAUACAAGGGUUCCCUCUGUGGGAUGUUUAUACUGCAAAAGGUCGAUCCAGUUGAGUACGGACUUAUUCAAGGUUCAUAUUUCACAUGUAACUUGGUUGUACAUGUCCAAGCUGGGUUUGCUGUGACCAUGAUUCGUGUUAAUUAGGUUUGCUAAAGGAAUUUUGGCUUGUGUAUACAACUGCUACAGAAAGGGUCGUCGAGAUUUCCUUUUGUUGUAUAGGAUUUUGAGGUCUACAAACGAAACAAUUGGGUUCAUCUGUGAAAUUGUAAAGAGAAAGGGGCUUCAUGGGGAUGUCUUGUAUUCUCGAGUCUUUUUGACUGAUAUCAGAGUGACUGAUGAGUUUUCGCAUCUAAGUUGGGUUUUGAGUA